AUGCGGUAGAAAUGAGCAGCAGUCAUUUGUAUAUUGCUUUAGUCAAAGGUUACUCGCUGCACAGCUGUGCCAUUCAUAAAAUAUUAAAAUUAUGAGUUUAGUUUAAAUUCAAUUGCAUUCAAGUCAGCCCACCGAGUAGGAAAAACGAUUUUGAAAAAAAAAACACUGCUUCUCACGUUUGUUCAGAACAUCUGUGCAAUAUCUUUUCGUAAUAGCUUUCGGCUUCAUUUCUUUGAAUUUUAUCAAGACGAAAGUAACGUUUCAGGCCAAAAUUCAGUGCCAAUGUACAUAUUGUUGGCAUUAUGCCUUGUUGCAAUACGUUCAAAUGCGUCAUUUCUUCAAUCACCUUCUAAUAUCUCAUCAAGAAUUGGCGAGAGCAUAACUUUUCAAUGCGCUGCUCAAAAAAGUGUUGAACCCAUUGUGUACAGCCAAUGGAAAUCAAAUACCGGUUCCCUAUUAGGGUAUCAUCAAGAAGGCGUUCUUCCGGGCCAUGAAGGGCGUUAUAGUUAUAUUAAGGUAAAUGAUUCUCCAAAGUAUAGCUUAAACGUUUUUGUUUUCAGCAAAACCCAGAGGAACUUCAUUUCAAAAUCAGUCAAGUCAGCAUUGAGGACGAUGGCGAGUACGAGUGUCAAAUGUUACAUCCUGAUGAAGGACCAAUUCGCGCGAAAGCCUUUCUCAAUGUGCUAAGUGAGUUAGAAAAUUUUUUGAAGACAACUUUCAAAGGUGAUGAUUGCAUAACUUCAGUGCCGCCACAAUUCGCGUAUUUCUCCAAGUACCAGCAAAACUCUGUGAUUACUGUAAAAGAAAACACUGUGCUGAAUAUCAGCUGUGUUGUGCCAAAUGUCAAACCGGAGCCACAUGUUUCUUGGUAACUUUUCAAUUUAACAUUUCAUCAAUCGUUUAUAUAUUUUUUAAGGUUCAUGGACGGCAAGAGACUAUCAGAUGGAGUUCAUCAAACAUCGAUUUCUCACCUAAAUAAAACAUUCACAGUUUUGUCAAAUCUCGUGUUCCAACCAACUCGAGUUCAUCAUAAUUUCCCAAUUACCUGUGAAGUUCAACAAAAGGAAACUGACACAAAACUGAGCGUGAAUGCUUCUUUAAACGUUCUUUGUGAGUAUUAUUUUUACACAACACUUAUUUUCAGUACAUUUGAUUGUCAGUUUUUUAGAUCCAUCAUCUGAUCAAAAAGUAGAGAUUGUUGAAAAAGGGAGCCAGAUAAGAGCUGGAGACAAUGUUACCAUUUCGUGUUCUGUUUUGGACGGGAAUCCAAUGUCAGAUGUUUUCUGGUACAAAGACAAUAAGAAACUCAUGUCUGGUUUUACAUGGGCACCACACAGCAAAGUACAUAAAUGGUGAUUGGACAUUUUGGAAAACAAAUUUCAGGAAACAAGCAAUGCGUAUUCAUUUAUUGCUAAAAGUGAUGAUAACUUAGCUGAUUAUGAAUGCAGAGCAAACAACAGCCAAACGACAACUCCGAAAAAAAAAAUCUUGCAACUGAAUGUCAAUUGUCAGUUAAUCUUCUACGUAUCAUUGGUAUAAUUUUUUUCAAUUUUCAGUCCCAGCAGAAAAUGUCGAGCUAUUCGGCGAGAGUUCCAUUCGUUAUGGAAAAAUCGUUAUAAUUCAAUGCAAAACGCUGUAAGUCACUUAGUAAAAAAAAAUUACAUAAUUUUAUGAUACGGAAAGAGCCUAAAAGUAUGUUUUAGGCCUUCAAAUCCUGCUUCGAAGAUUUCGUGGCUUGUGAAUGGAAUGAGUGUUCCAACACUUGCUCAAAAUGAAGUGUCUAUGGUAUCAAUUAUUAUGAGACACUACACAUACCAAUUAUUUCAGGCUACGGGAAUCAUAUCUAGUUCAGAAAUGAUGAUAAAUUCGAAUGAACUGAGCAGUAAUGCCCAUCAGAUUACAAUCGAAUGUGUGGCAACUAACACGGAAGGAUCUGUUCAAAGGCAGCAUGUCAUCAAGAUAAUUUGUUCGUGACGGAGACAAUGUAUUACCUAUUUUAUCAUUAUCAAUUCAGCUCCACCGAACGCCCCAGAAAUAUCCGGCCUGGAAAAUGUAAUGUUUGUAGAAGGUGAUAUUGUGAAUGUCACUUGUGAAGCCAGGGGAGGUAAUCCGUUAGCUGAGCUAUCAUGGUUUCGCGGACACGAAAAGGUGAGUUUCGAAAAAUGAGCAUUGGGCGCAAAACUUGGAUUUUGAAGAAAAAUCUAAAAGGCAAAAACAGAUUGAAAUGGUUGAAGGUGAUUUUUAUUUGUUGUAAUAAUUGAAGCUUUUUGUGAACGCCUUUGUAAACGGUCAGAUAAAAAUGGAAACGUUUGAAAAAUUUAGUUGAGCACUGCUUUUGACAGUUCGGCAUAAUAACUUGGCAAAUCUCGAUGAAUUUAACAUAAAUCAUUGUAAUUUAGGUUAACGGACCCCGCCACAGCGUUGCUGGAAGUUCAUCUCUUUCUUCACUGUCAUUUCGCCUUGAUCGCUCAAUGAAUAACCAAAAGUUGAAAUGUGAAGCCAUCAAUGCAGCCAUUGACGAACCGUUGAUUGACACGAAGCAUCUGACUGUAUACUGUGAGUAAUGAAUUACAGAAAAAAAUAUUUCAACCUAAUAUUGUACAGAUCCGCCAAAGAAAUUGAUGAUCACACCAGUCAAGGAUGGUAAAUUUCUGUUCGAAUCUAGAAAACCGGCAAGAUUAGUUUGUGCAGCGACAUCUUCCAAUCCUGCCGCCCACAUUUCUUGGAAUUUGGGGGACUUGAAAGAAUAUUCGCAGGGCGAUACCAGUCUCAAUGAAACGUAAGUCCGACUGGCAGGGUUUUUACGGAACUUAACUCAGGGUGACCGUUUUAGCAACAUUAAUAGUCGUAUAACAUGAAACUUAAUACCAACUGUUUUUUCUCAGAACUCGUGAAAAUCACUACAAUGUUGAGAAUGUCUUUUCCUUCAUUCCAACCGAAGAUUACGAUGGUGUUAUUGUGAACUGUAUUGCAAAUCAUUCAAAGUGGAAACAUCAAGUGAACUCAUCGUUCACUCUUAAUGUUAUGUGUAUGUUGCAAACCAUGCUACGAUUUUUAUAAGAAAACUCGUAAUAUUCAGCCGCCCCGAAAAUGCUAGUCAAUGACCCAGUGACUGUAGUUUUAUCCGAAGGAGAAUCGUUUAAAGAAAAUCUGACAAUCAAAGCCAAUCCGCCUAUUUCCUCCUGGCAAUGGCGCAAGAAUGGAGUUCUUUUCGAUCAUACAGUCGGAAGGGUUUUUGCCAGAGGAGCGGUGCUUUCGGGCAGACAACUGACCAACUCCGAUGCUGGAAUUUACACACUAACGGCCACAAAUGCAAUUGGUAGUACCAAUAUUACGUUCAAGUUGAAUGUACAGUUCAGUGCAAGGGUAAGCAUUCAUAAAAUCUGUUUUUAUUAAUUUAUUUAAAAAAACGUUAUUUUUUCAGAUCACUAGCAUCUCCUCUCCAAUUGUCACUACUGAAGGGGACGGAGUUCUUUUAGAAUGCGUAGCUGAAGGAGAGCCUAGCCCGUCUAGAAUGAUUCAAUGGAUCAAAAACGGAGUACCAGUCGAAUCACGGAUCAGACAAAACAAAGCAGUUUUACAACUAAACGCUACCAAAGAUAAAUCCGGCGAGUACGUGUGCAAAGCAGACAAUGGUGUUGGAGUACCUGCCGAGGCAAAAACGUUUUUGCUCAUCAAUUCUGCUCCUGAAAUCAUUCGUGUCGCACGUUAUUCUAAAACAGCUGGAGUUGUCGGAGGAUCUGCCAGAGCUCGAUGUAUAGUACGUGCCGUGCCGGCAGUUGACAUGUUAUGGGAAAAAGAUGAUCAAUUGAUUAAAGUUAAUAACACGAAAUAUUCUUUGGUCACUACUCAAAUCGACUAUGCAACUUAUGAAGUGAGUUGUAAUUCAUUUUUUAUGACUUAUUUUAUAAACAAAAACUGUUUCAGAGUUCUCUCUGGAUCAAACACAUCGUGCCAGAUGACUACAACAAACAUGUGAAAUGUAUUGCAAAAAACAGUUUUGGAGUGGACUCUUUGUUAAUACCUGUUCUUCCGCCAACGGACCCUGAGAAACCAGACUACCUAACUCUGACAAAUUCCACAACGGAUUCCAUUUCCGUAUUGUGGGAACCUAAAUUUGAUGGCGGAUCUGAGCAGAUAUUUGAGGUGAAAUACUGGAAGAACACUGCAGAGUCCAUUCAUCUGGUCAACACUUCUCACACGGUUUUUAUGAUUUUGAAGAUAUCUGGUGAACAAUCUGCAUAUAUUUUAGACACUGCGAAUUUCUGGUUUGUCCGUGGCAAAUGCGUAUCAUUUUCAAGUUCGUGCCAUUAACACAAGAGGAUUCUCAUCAGCAUGGACAUCUCCUGCAACAUUUUUCACAUUGAACGAAGACGGUGUUAAUAUUGCGAUCACUAAAGUCAGUUGAAAUCUAUUUUUCAUGCUAGUAAUAAGAAAAUCACAGGAACGACAAUGGACUGAUGCGAUUCCAUUCGUUUUGGCCGCUGCCGUGUUGGUUAUGCUAGCGCAUUCAAUAAUCUGUUGUUUAUGGUGCAAUCGUCAUAAAAAGAAGAAGUUGAGAGGUAAACUAUUCACUAAAAUUCAAAGUAACAAACUGCAGUUACAGAGAAAACAGAAAUGGUAAGAACUGCAAUUAACGGCGAUGUUCGCCAAGUUCAAAUGUACGGAACAAUGGUUGACAACAACUGUAUGCCUGGCCAUAGAGACAUGGACGAUCAGCCAGAAGCAAGUGAAGAUGAGCAUUCUGUCAGAACCAUGAUAGUAAGUAUAGAAAUUCAAUUUUUGAGAAGAUCUAGUGGGAAAUCAUAAUGAUCUUGAGAACCAACAAGAUAAUAUAAUUUUUUCAGGAAGUUUCACCAAAUGGUUAUAUGCAACCUAUAAGGCCAAUUCUUUAUGAUGGAAAUGAUGUUCUCGAAUAUAGUUUUCAGGGUGAAUAAUUUCAAAAAUGUCUAUUCAUCUCAUUUUACUUUUCCAGCUAACGACUUCAUGACGAAUCCACAAAUGAGCAAUGGAGUUAAUGUUACUUAUGCCAAUGUGCCAUAUCCAGUAUGAAUAAUUAAUUGACCUCUGCAAUGAUAAGACAUUUCAGGAACCCCCACAACAAUACUAUCAAGAACCAACCUGGUCAUCCACUCUCCAGUCAAAAAGCGGUACUAGUCCCCAACAUCACCUUUCUACCUUCAUAAAACCUAACUAUGGUGUGCAAAAAGGGCCAAUUAUGUAUGCUGAACUAGAUGGCGAUCUCGUUUAAUUGUUGAUUCUUGUUGUUAUAUUUUGGACGGGUUUUAACUAAUAAAUAAUAACAUUUUUCCGGGUGUUAACAGCAACAUCAUAAAAUACGAGACGAACACUUCAAAUAACAAACUAAGUUUACAAACAAUCUUUUUUCAAGAUGAUAAGUUAGAUAAUGUGUAUUUUUUUGAUUCUCAAGGCUUGUCACCGGGUAGCUUGAGAAUGGGAGAACUUUACAUUCUUGUAUCUUAGGAACCUUCAUGUAUUACAGCUGAAAGUCUUUUGUGUCAUUUUUUUUUGAAAUGAAACUUAGUGUAAAAGAUUGAAACAUGAGAGGAACAAUUUCAUUAGAGUCAAAAAAUACCUGCGUUUCUCAAACAUCUCGUGGUAAGAUAAGGCUGUUCCAAGUUCCUUGUUUUAUAUGUCGAAAAAUCAUGGUUUGCUUUCAUUUCCUCUUUGCCAAAUGGUUACCCAAAUUCGAUAAAUUAAAAACCAAUUUAAAUUGACUCCAAACUACCAAAUAACAUCAUAACAAUUUGUGUCGUUGCACGCUUAUUUCCUUCCUGCAACCAAUCGAGCUGGUUUCCAUGGUUGCUGAGUUUCAUUUCGUCUCAUAUUUUACGUUACGAAUUUUUCCAUUCCUUUAAACUUUGUUCUAUGCACUUGCCAGCUUAAGCGAACGCGUAAAAGUACAAUUUUCAGGAUGAGAUUACUAUUAUUCUCACUUUUGUUUGUGGUAGAAACCAACUCUGAGUAUGUCAAGCGAUUAAGACGUCAAAUCAUCCCAUCACAACAAAUCAGCGUAGGCGUUUUUUAAAACUCCCUAUCUGCUUAAUAGGUACCUUGUAGAUUCACUCUGCUGAUUCCAAGAUAACUAUGAAGGAAUUUAUCAAUGUGGCAUCGACUGAUUCUAGGAUUUUAUUAAGCAAAAAGUAAGCUAGGUUUUGUUUCAAGAUGCAACUGGCCAUGAACACAGCUGUAGUUGAACUAACUUUACAUAAUAGUCUUAACUUAAUUCUGAACAGUUUUCCGACUAACAUAUGUUUACAGAAGGAUAAAUGGAACAUUCUGGAGUACAAGUUCCCGUCUUCAAAUUGAUGGCUCUGAUACUUUUGUGAAUGCCUCGUUCAACGCUGCAGACUUCCUUCUCGAUCUUUAUUUCUGUGAAAACAUUCGUGGAUCUUCACUGGAAAGUUUGGUAUGCAUACUUUAUGACUUAGUUGUUUCAAUUUUCAACAUUUUACAGUUAUUCUUUGACAACAAAGGGAUUGCUACCAACAACAACACUUAUCUUUCCUAUACUCUUUAUGACAGAGCUAAUUUGUCGUUUAUUGAAGAUGAUAUAGAGUUUCAGGUAACUUUUCUGCUCUGAACUAAAAAAUAUUGUAACUCCUGCAGGUCAUAAAUGCUCAGAGAAUAGAGCUUGAAAGUGUAACCUGGGACAAAUUUAUAGAGAAGGCAGUUUUUCUAGAAUUUACAAAUAACUCUAUGACAGGGGAGCCACAAAUCGAAGUGAAAGGUGAGAAAUUUAAAAAAAUUCUCAAUUUCCUGCAUGCACAAUUUCAGUUAUGACAUCUUCUUUCCGAACUUGCAUUAGGUUCUUUGGGGCACCUAUUAUGGCAAAGUAUGGUGGGUCUCUUAUCACAAUCUCGCCGGAUUACCAAAGAAUUGACAUUUAUAACGGGAACUAUCAUUAUGUUCUGAUGACCAAUUCACCUUUGGUACAAGUAAAGGUAAACUAAAUAUAUGUAUUGCAGCCUCACAAAUCUUUCUACCGCUCUCCACGUGAUCUCAGUGCUAAAUUACUACAUGUCGCGGCCGCGGCCGGGUUUUCAUGUGGGGUUGCGGUAGAGCGACAUUGUCAAAAUUUUAAUAUGAUAAUAUCAUGAGCAGACAUGUUACAUUUUUCAGAUUGACUUUAUAAAUGGAAUGGUAAAGGUUACGAGUGUACCAACUGAGAUGUUCGUAGCUGUUUCGCCUGAAGAUGUAGUACUACAAGCGCCUUCCUCCACACGGUAAUAUUUCUUUGAGUAAGCACAUUAUUGACUUCAAUUUAUUCCAGAACAUCAAUUGAUUGUGGUCAAGGACUCGUUUUCUUGAGUGAUGUUCCGAUUCAAGCAACUAAUCUGGGUGUGAAUUCGGAUUCGUUAACAUUACAAUUGACACAAAGUGGCAGGGUAUAUGCCGACGCUUUCAAUUCGAAUCUCUUUGUUAAUACGUCAAUUCGAAAUGUGAGUUGAACUUGGUCCAUGCCAAUUCGCAGUUGUUUUUUAGCUUGAAAUCUACUCACAACAUCAAGAACUACGGAUUAUGGAAAACGUGCAACGAAUAUGUAUUGAAUGCCCAAACAUUAAAUUUGAGGUGAGCGAUGUACCUGUCUGAAAACAAUAAAAGUAAUUCCAGGCAACAAAAAUGGACAUCAACAAUUUGCCUGUCUUGUUCAUAGAAGACUUUGAUUUUCCCCGUGAGCGCUAUAAGCUUAUCGGCUCAUUCCAAGGUUUAAUUUAACUUUUUCUUAGUAGUUGCAUGAAAUUCAUCGAGUUCUUUCUCAGCACCACCACCACCGCUCCUACCACCACCACUUUUGCCACCACCACUGCUACUACUAUCACCACCACCAAAUCCACCAGCUCUUUCACCACCACUUCCAUUUGAUCCGGUUCGAUUGCCACCUCAAAGCAUGUUGACUGGUUUUGCUGCUGACAUUGCACCUCAUGUUUUCACGACGACUAUAGCUUCUACCACAAUUUCUGCAAUAGCAUUUCCUGAAACUACAACUGAGCAGCUACAACCUCAAAUAUCAAAUGACACUAUGAUUCCACCACCACCACCUGAUGAUCUUAAUUUAAUCGGUAAUGGAACAGAAACCUCGCUGAAAGUUGUGGAUGAAGAAGUUCAAAAGAAAAUUGCAAUUGAAAAGGCAGAAGAGAAACGGUAUCGCGAAUGGGAAAGCGAAGAAAACAACACGGAUAACGAUGGAGAUAAUCAAACGGAGACGUUCACUUUUCCAAAUGGGACCACUAUCACAAAAGUUGUUAAUAUUCGCAGAAAGAUAACCACUAAAAUCAUUCACAAACACCGUGUUGAAGAAACACCUGGAACGAAUUCAAAUUCCACUAGCACAUAAUUUCUGUUUGUUAUGUUUUCUACAUAAAACACUUAAACCACUUCAUUGCCCUCUUAAAUUUUUUGUUUGUUUUUCAGAAACUAUUGAAGUAGGAGGUUUACGGGAAUUCCCAUACCCUGAUAAUAUUAAUUAUACAAAUCCAACUAUUGAUUGCGGUGAAGGCAGAAAUAAUUCCACUAGUGCAAGCAGUUCUAAUCCAAACAAUGAAGUAACCACUGUUGGACCAACAAGUUCAUUUGAAAUAGUCACAUUUGCUACCUUGAUUCCGACUAGUACAGCAGACGAAAUUGUUUAUGCAUCUACUAGCGCCACCAGUGCAACAAUUUCUGGUGAAGAAGAAAACGCAUUUACAAGUGGCAGUAGUUUAGAAACACAAAUUGAAGUAACAACUACUGAAACUUCUUCAAUUUCUUCUGAAACAUUCGCUGAUCUGAUGCUAACAUCAACUAUUUCAAAUUACGAAUCAAUUCUCACUACAUCUAAUGGAAACGAACAUAUAUAUGCAAGUAGUAGUUUGGAACCACACAAUAUAUUCACCACUACUGAAACUACUCCCAGUCUGUCUCAUUCAUUUACUGAUCUAUCACUAACAUCAACUGCUACUUCAUCUGAGAAGAUGAUUGACACAUCAACUAGCGCAACUACUUUAACAACUAGAGAAAAGUUUGAAGAGACUUCCACAACUGAACAAUUCCUUUUAACAACUCUUACUUUUGAAGAAGGGAGUGAUUUCACAAGUAGUUUAGAGCCACACAACAAAAUGACAACGACUGGAACUACUCCAAGUUUAUCUGAGACGUUUACUGAAACAAAGAUGAGCUCAAGUACUGCUGCAAGCGACGAAAUAACGCAAAAUACAAUUAUUACUACAACAUCAGAAGCUACUGAAGAGCUAUACCCAACAGUUCCGCUGCUGAUGACAACUGCAGAAACUUUCCCAAUACCAGCACACAUUUCCACAGGUUUCUUAGUGAAAAAUUUCUGAUUAAUAAUAAUGGUCUUUACAGAUGAUUUUGUUAUUGGUCAUUGGUUUACAACAGAAACAAUUAGAGAAGGUAAGUUAUAACUUUAUUAUUAUAACUUUAUCACUUUAUUUAAUACUAAUUAUGAAUUGACGUGUAUGACAACUUUGAAGCUUCAAGUCAAUGUUGACAGUAUUGUUUUUUAGAUAAUGCUACAGAAAAGCCAAAAUUGGAAAUAAUAACGUCGGUUGAAGAACAUUUACCUUCAACUGAUUCUAUGAUUUUGUUACCUACUCCAAAUUCACUAAAUAUUUAUGAAAGUGAGUAAUUCCCAUGACUACCUUCUAUUACAAACAAACAAUUGACACAUUUUAGACAUUACAGUGAAGCCUUUUGACUUUACAGAUAUAAUGUUUCCAAAGCCAGGCGUUAUGACUUCAAAUGAAAAGUAGGUUUAAAAAUGUUGAAAACGGCAAUGACGCAAAAUGUUCGAUAAACUGUAUUUAUAGGAAAACAGAAAAAAUGAUGAUUCUCAAAUUGAAAGUCCCGGAGAGUGUCAAAGUAGACUCAACAGAAUUUAUCAGCAACAUAACCUCCAGUUUGAAUCAACUUGUUCAAAGCGUCGAGAAUAGAUUGAAAUCGCGCAAAAGACGAUCUGAAACUGACGGGAACGUUCCAGAAACUGCAAAUUUCUCCGUCAGAGUUUGUGUUUUCUCAUUUCUAAUGAUUGAAAUGCUUUACUUAUUAAAGGUUUCAAACGUCACACAAGUUUUGAAUUCAACAGUUAUUGCUUUUAUUCUGGAGAGUUACAAAAACAUAAGCAAUGAAAAUGAUAAUGAAAAUAAUGAUAAUGCUAUGAAAAGUUUGGAGCACGAAUUGGAAAAAAUGGAAACCGGUGAAUUGAGUGAAUUUUUCCCAUAUCAAGUAAGCAUUUCAAUGUUUUUUCCGUCAAUUAAUCGUUUCAGACGAUUGCAAGAAUAUUGGCUUUUGAAAGAAUAAUGACUGACUCCGAUAGUUAUACUAAUACAAGUUUUUCUCUCACAUAUCAAUUAGUUUGCAUUACAGUUUCUAUUAUUAUCUGUUUAGCUUUCUACUUUUUUAUUAGGAAAAAGUGUCUCAAAAGAACUGUAAGUUCAUAAUUGUUUUCUGUAAUUGUAAGCAAUUUUCAGUGUUUGAGAAGGGUAGAAAUCUUGAGGAACGACUCGUUAUCAAAUUGAAGACAAUAAUGAUGGUCCUAAAGAAAUAAAUGCUUAAGUGGCAGUAGUCUUUCAAAUUUUUCAAUUCUUUCACAUCCUGUGAGAAAGUGAUUCAUGAACUAAAAUUAGUUUUGCAAAAAUAAUUGUAAUAUGUUUGAUAAACAACUUGGUCCUUGAAUUCUUCCAGAUGUAAAAUUAUAUGCUUCCCAUUUUCUCUGAACUUGUUGUUUCGAUGUGGUUUUACACUGAACAAAUACGUGUCAUAAAGUAAAGAACGGUUGAAGGCUAUUCUCGGAUGAAUGAACACAACCGACAAGUACAUAUACAGUAAAUUGUUUCUAAAUGCAUUGUACUCAAACCUAUUCAGGAUAAUUCUGAACUCACCUAUUUUAUACAUUGUAUCUCAUUCUUAAUAUACUUUUUAAGAACUCGCAUCAAAACCUUUUCAAUUGCUGAUCUAUAAUACAAAAUUUUGCGAAAGUAGCUUUAAAGCAGCUGUGCUUAAGUGCCUAUUGAUUGAUUUCACUGAGAAAACUUUGAAAUCACUGCUCAGAAUCUAUAAACAACGUUUCAAUUAGCGGACCACUCAAAACUCGCACAUUUAUUACCGCUUUUCUAACCGAGACAAGGAUGUUAUAAUCUCAGAAGCGUAUAUCCACUCUCUGUUACAAUGCCACAGUGCUUCUUCUUUUUCUUGUUGUCAACAUUCAACUUUUUAAUGAAAGCCUGGCAGAAAGCAGCAAAUAGGCAGAAAAGUUUAUUUUACUGACUGAUGUCGCCAAGCGUUUUUCAUGACAAACGUUGUAUGUUCCUCUACUCUCAAAUAACUUUACAGAGAACUAAAAUACAGCAGUGCUUUUAUGUUUUUCAUCUGCUUUUCAUUAUUCUUGCUGCUAAGGCCAUGUUCUGCUUGUCCAUCAGAUUGCUUAUGCUGGAAUAAAUCGGUUACAUGCUCUGGACUGAAUUUGAAAGCGAUACCGCAAAAAAUUCCUGAUAACACUGUUAGAUUGUAAGUUUUCAUAAAAAUGAAUAGUGGGGAAAACCUUCACAAAAUCAUAGCUUUCAUUUCUGCAGGGAUCUACGGAACAACGAUAUAACACACGUGCGUUCAUCAGAUUUUAAAAAUCUCAACAGUCUUGAAAUUUUGUGAGUGUAUGCCAAUAUAUCUUAUACAGAAUUCUAAUUACUACCAUGCUUACCGCAAUGCUUAUAUUUUCAGAUUACUCAACCAAAAUCUUUUGCAAACCUUGCCACUCAAUGUUUUCGAAAACAAUGAACAACUUCUGCAUGUGUACGCUCUUAUAUAAAACUCUCAAAAAGUUGUUGAUUAAAUGACUCUUGUAGGAACCUAACAGAAAAUCCCUGGUUUUGUGAUUGCAAAUUAAAAUGGGUAAAAACAUGGCGUGGAGGCACAUUUGCAAAAGACAUUAUCUGCAAAGGACCUACCGAGUUGAUUGGUGCAACUGUAAAAAAUGUUGAUGAACUGGUUAGUGAUAUUUUCUCUUUCAAAAAUAGAAUAUUUAAAGCCUUUCAGUUUAUGAAGUGUUCGGACGACGAGAAGCAUGUUCGUGAAAAUGUGGCUAUUCUGGAAAAAUGUCCAAAAAUGUGCAGUUGUACUGGAACCACGGUAGAUUGCCGAAACAAAGGAAUAACCGAGAUUCCAACUAACGUGCCGCUCUCAACUACUGAAAUGUAACUUGAAAAUUUUGGAAAAAGUUUCUACCACAAAUCUAUCAUUGCAUUUUACAGAAGACUAGAGCAAAACAAAAUCACUAUCAUUCCAUCGUUUGCAUUUGAAAAGUUGGCCAACUUGAAAAAAUUGUGAGUUGUUCCAUAAGGGUUACAUGGUAAACAUUUUGGUUUCUAGAGAUUUGAGCAAGAACCACAUUGGCAACAUAUCUGAGAAUGCGUUUCAUGGAUUACACGGCUUGCAUACACUGUGAGCACUACCAUCAAUACACCAAAAUACAAAUUGUUUCAGAAUCCUUUAUGGAAACAAAAUCAGAAGCCUAGACUCCAAUUCUUUUGAAGGGUUGGAUAGUCUAGAAGUGUUGCUAUUGAAUGCUAACAAUUUGAGUUGCAUUAACGAACGAACGUUUGAAUACGUUCCACAACUGAAUUUGUUGUCUUUAUAUGAUAACAAAAUAAAAUCAAUCAGUCAACACAGCCUUGAGAAACUGAUUCAUUUGAAUACUUUGCAUUUGGCUAGGAAUCCUCUAGUUUGCGACUGUAAUCUUCGCUGGCUGGUCCAGUUGAACAAGGAAAAAAACAUUGAAACCAGCGGAGCUAAGUGUGAUCAACCCAAAAGACUUCGGAAAAAGAAACUUUCAUCUAUUUCUGCAUCGAAGUUGAAAUGCCAUGGUAUUACAAGUCAACAGGCCAAUUACUUGAAAUUGUAAAUUUUUAUUUUCAGAAGACGAUAAUCAUUCAACGAAUAUCGAAAAUUGCAACUAUUCUUCAGUUUGCCCCUUUCAAUGUCAAUGCUUCGAAACUACUGUUAACUGCACGUAAGGUUUAGUCUAACAACAGAAUAACAAAAAAAAACAAAUAUGUUUUAUUUUCAGAUUGAAAGUUUUGAUUCUUCAUUGUGUCUUUCAGUCUAACGAAUUUCAGAACCGACCUGCCGUUAUGCACAUUAACAAGUACUUUUUUCCAGAAAACGUGGCUUGACUCAAAUUCCACGUAAUCUGCCAAGUUUUGCCACCCAUGUACUUCUUUCCGACAACAAUAUCCACGAAGUUGACUUGAAGAAAAAUGUUAACAAACUGCGCAACUUGGAAUUCUUAGACCUGUCGACUAAUUUCAUUGUGUCAAUAGAAGAUAAAACGUUUGAGAAUCUGGAGAGAUUGAAAGUUUUGUAAGUUGUGUUUCGAUUUUUAUGCUGCUAAUUAAUUUUUUAAACAGAAAACUAAACAACAACAAGUUGCGUUCAUUUUCCAUUGACUCACUGGAUCCCGUUACUGUUCUCGAGAAGUUGUACGUUAUUUCAGUUACCUAGAGUAUAGAACAAACCUAUGAAUUAUUUGUAGAGACUUGACUGACAAUAAGAUACAGUGUUUUGCACUAGGCUCAUCUAAUGCUACAGCGAGAAUAAGGACAAUGUAAAUUUUGAUAUUUAUAUGUACAUUUGCUAGCUACAUUGCACUCUUCUUUAGUCACAUUCGUGGAAUCAACUUAUCGUGCGGUUGUAAAAUAUCCCCACUUUUGCCAUGGCUGGAGAAGGACCUGGUUGAUGUAAACCCAUGUAGCGAUAUUGAAAAUGGAUCUUUUCCGUAUUUAUCACAGAUGAAUUGUUCAUGUAAGUGAGAUUAAGUAAAAUAUAUUUAUAAUUAAUAUCAAUAGCUGAUUUUAGCUGUGGUCAAAUCUACAUGCUCCGCUAUUGUAAAUCCUUGCCCAUCCAAAUGUUCUUGUUCUGAACGUAUUGUACGCUGUUCAAACCAAAAUUUGACAGCUUUACCCAGCAAUUUACCCAUUGACACUUUAGAGUUGUAUUUAGACGGAAACCAGAUAAAUGAGAUCAACGUUGAAGAAUUGAAUCAGUUGAUACAUCUUCAGAAACUGUGAGUGAACUUAUUCAUUGAUAAAAAAUAUUAUAGUUGUUCAGUGAUCUUUCUCACAAUCAAGUGAAAAUUCUACAAAAUAACACAUUUUCCCAUCUUGGAAAGUUAUCAACGUUAAUAAUGAGCUAUAAUAAGCUUCGAGUUUGUUUAUAGUUUAUUAUUGUUUUUCUAACCAAAUUUUCAGUGCAUACAACCUUCCGCAUUUGAUGGGCUCGGAGCGCUUCGAAUAUUGUCCCUUCACGGCAAUGAUAUUUCAUUUUUACCAGAGACUGCAUUUUCGAGACUUACGAGCAUUACACACAUGUGAUUAGAUAAAAUAACUCUAAAGUCAAAUUGAAGUAAUUUUUUUAGAGCGGUUGGAAGCAAUUCACUUUAUUGUGACUGUCACAUGGCUUGGUUUUCCAAAUGGAUUAAAACAAAAUUCAUUGAAGCUGGAAUAGCUCGUUGUGAGUAUCCGAUAAGUGUAGCUAACCAACUACUUCUGACCGCGCAACUAUCUCAAUUCAAGUAAGUACCGUUUUAUUAAAUUUGCUCAAUAAGUACAACGUCUCAUAUUCCAGGUGUGAAUCAAAACCACCAGAAAAACUACUGAACAAGUGUAAUUUCUGCUCUGAAUCGCCUUGCAAAAACAAUGCGCAAUGCGUUCGGAAUGGUGCGAAGGGCUAUACUUGCAACUGUGAACCUGGAUUUUACGGAGCACACUGCGAGAGUAAAGUGGACGCGUGCUUUGGAAUUCCAUGCUUGAAUAACAGUACCUGUAAAGCAACACAAUCGGGACGAUUUGCUUGUUUUUGUCGGAAAGGUUUUAAUGGAGAUCAUUGCGAAAAUAAUGUCAAUGAUUGUGAAAAACACGAAUGCAAAAAUGGAGGGACUUGUGUGGAUUUGGUAAAUAAUCUUGUUGUUUGGCAAAUAAUUUUCCUCUAAAAGGUAAACUCGUAUAAGUGCACUUGCCCAAUCAACUUUACCGGAAAACAUUGCGAGGAAAAACUGCAUGUUUGCAAUCUGAACCCUUCUCCUUGCAUGAAAGGUGGUACAUGUGUACAGUUAAACAGUACCUACAGGUAAUGUUUCAAAUUGUUUAUGUUACAAAAAAGUCAAUUCAUGCAGUUGCAUCUGUCCAACGGGAUAUAGCGAUCAGAACUGCACAACAUCCGUCCAAAAUGAAUGUGAUGAGGUAGAAUGCCAGAAUGAUGGACAUUGUGUUGUAAGUCACAUAAAUUUAUCAAAAAGUAAUCUGACUCCUAUCAUUUUACAAAGAAUCAUCACGGUACUUCCAAAUGCAUGUGUAGAGAUGGGUUCACUGGACCGUUCUGCGAACAUUUCGCAAAUCUUGAUACAGAAUAUCAGAAUACGGAAGGUUUUUCAAAGUUUAAUUGUGAACAGGUAGUUUUUACUUUCAAAAUUUGUUUAUACACCAAUUUAUCAUUAAGGAAUGCGCACGGAAUCUAAAUAGUUCUCAUCCCUAUUGUGACUGUUGUAAAAAACGUAAUGAAUCAAAUUGCAAUAUUUCGGAUCAAGAAUCCUUUGGAUUUAAUAAACCAGGCGCGUAUAUAGCUUUGCAACCAUGGCGGACGCUAGAAAAUUUGACAAUGGUUUUAACUACUAUGAAAAAGUGAGUACACUACACAAAUUUUGCCAAAAUUUAUUUUAAGGACUGGCAUUGUUUUCCAUUACGGAGAUGAACACUUUAUAACAGCAGAAUUAUACGAAGGGCGGUUAAAAGUUGCAUUUUUUGUUGGAAACAAUCCACCAAGCCAUAUGUACAGCUUUGUCAAAGGUUGAUUCAGUAAUGCAGCAAAGCAAAUGUAUCAUUUUCAGUCGACGACGGUUUGCCGCAUCUAAUAAAAAUCAAUAUAGCUGGGAGAAAGUGCAUUCUAGAAAUAGAUUCAAAUCCAUCGCAAACUGUAGAAAACAGCGGACCAUUAAAACAUCUUGCUGGAGAAACGAAAAAAAUGAUAUACGUUGGCGGGCUGCCAGAAAAUGUGUCACAAACAGCCAGAUCCAAGUUUCAAAUUACAACCAAAAAUAGUUUAGUCGGUCAGUGUGGUAAUUUUUCGGUUGCAAUUGCAGACAGUAUUUUCAGGAUGUAUCAGCUCAUUUAUGAUUGAUGAAAAGCCAAUCAACUUUGAGGAUACUGUAGAAAAUGUAAAUACAGAAUGGAACUGCUCAAGAAUCACCGAUGUCUGCACAGGUGCUUGAGCUUUUUACUUUUGUAUUAUUGUUUCUUCGUUUUUCAGAUAUUGAUUGUGGAUUUGGUCAAUGCGUAAAAGAUUCUCUAUCUCCAAAAGGUUUCAAAUGCGAAUGUGAUGAUAAGCAUAAAGGAGAAAAAUGUGAAUUGAGUAAGCGUCAGUUGGAAAAAAGUCAAUACUCUUUAUUUACUUGUUCCAGGCAGUGUAAGCUGUGACAAACGAAAAUUCCGUGCUUAUUAUGAAGAAGAAAAUUGCCGUUCUGUUAACCGGAUAACGUUUGGAAAGUGCAAAGGCGGUUGUGGAAAAUCGAAGGUGCGUUCUGACAACGUUCUGACAAAAUCAUUAGGAGUUUCUGUUGCAGGACACUUGUGUUGCUGUCAAAAUAAAAACAAGAAAAGUGAAAAUGAUUUGUAAAGAUGGUAAAGUGUAAGUGUUCAUCCAUUUACGACAGAUUCAGAUAAUCAUGUUUUUAUGUUUCAGAAAAAUGUCAAGUGUUAACAUCAUUCGGCAAUGUUCGUGUGGAGUAACUCAACUUUGAGCGCGCAAUUGCUUCAUAUCUGUAUUUUUGCACAUUCCGUCUGUUUUCAGCAUAAUUCCAACCAAAUCAUUUUUGAUGAUAAAUGAUCAAAGUCCGAGAAGAAAAUAAAGGUUUUUAAGUUAGUUGCAGUUAUUUGCAGGCUGAGUGAAAUGCAAAUAUAUAUUUCAAAAAAUUUGCGCUAGUUUUAUAUUUGCUCGUUGAUUGCGGCAGAUAUCGCAUGGGCUUACUUGACAAUCAUAUCCAAGUCGCUCAUCACAUUUAUGAAAUCUUACUCGAAUCUGAACUGACCUAGAAGUUAGGAUUAUGCCAGAAUAAUUAUUCAAUUAUUCGAAGGAAAUUCACAUUUCGUAUCAAUACACUGUUUUGGUCAGUUUUCGUUUGAAAACAUUCAACAUCCAUAUGUUACUUUUUAAUUGAAACAUUUGAAAGGAUUCUAAUUUCCGUGAAUAAGUGUAGCGUGUAAUCGAAUUUUAACUUUAUUUUGCUCCGAACUUUUCCUAUAAAAGUUAAGUGACAAUACGCAUUUUUAUUUUGAAUCGAAUACCAUAACACAAUUUUUAAAAGACUUAAUAUCGAAACCGCUUGAAAUGUUUGUAAAUUGACAAUGAAAAACUGCUUCCCCAUAUUACUUGUUGCUUGUUUAUCCAAAUACAUCACCAACUCUUUCAAGUGAUCUUGUUCCCGUUUUGUUAUUCGUUUUGUUGAUUCAUUCGUUGAGGCGCGAAGUGUAAAGUGAGGAUUUCUGGGUUCCUGCUCAGAUUCAGAGCCUAGAGGUAUCAAGCUUAUAGGCGAGAGCCGCUUCUUCUUAUUCCUUUCUUUACAACGCGAAAAACGGGGAGGAUUGUGUAAGAAAAACGAUUGAAGAAAGGAGAAGAAGAAGAGGAAUGAGGAGAAGAAGAAGGAGCAUUCGUGCGAAUGCCACCACCAGUUCUCAAGUUGAUGCUCUGCUUCAUCUCACUUCUUGCCAUUGUCCUCAGCUUUUACACUCUUUGCUAACUUUCUUCUACUUUGAAUGUAUCUGAUUGAGUUUUAGUAUGCGCUGGAUCAAACUUGCUAGCCUUGGGCUAGUCUUUCUACUCGUUGAUGCUGGAGUUUCGAAGAACGAAGAUUUGGAGUGCAUGUUUCUAGGAUACCCAGAUUUAGAAUACGACGGUUUUGAUAGAACUGAAGUAAGUCAGAUUGUUCAAACAUUGCGCUAAAAAGCACGGAUUCAGGUGCUUACCGAGAAAAAUUUCAAUAGAACCGUUUUCGCCGAGGACACCAAGUCGGUUGUUUUUUUCAAUGACGUUGAGGAAGAUGACUCUGAGUUAGAUCAGUAUGAGUGCUUCCUUCAGGUUAGUUCACACAUUUCUAGAACAAGAUUCAUUGAGUGCAAUGUUUUAGUUGUCCGCUCAAAUCAUGACCAAAAGAGGAUACAACUUCUACACAGUGAACACCACGAAGGAACAUCGCUUGAGAAAGCAAGAAGGUCAGUUUACUCAUAUUUUUUGCUGUGAAACAUAAAUCAUUAAAGUUGGUCAUAUUAUUUUAUGAACCAUAUGUUGGCAUCUUAUUUUUCUUGAAAAUUUACAGCACCGCUAUAAAAAUAAGACUAGAGACUGAUUCGUUAGAAUUAAGCUGUCGAAUUCAGCAAUAAAUCGGAAGAGGGUUAAUUUUCAGAAGUGGAAAAAGGAGAAGACACUAUUCACGUGUACAAGGACGGGUACAAAAUUGAGUACAACGGUGUACGUGAUCCGGAAACCUUUGUUUCUUGGCUCAUGGAUGUAUGUUUCAUGCUAAAACAUCCGAAAUAUAAAUGUUUGCUCCAGAUCCCAGAUGAUCCAGUCACUAUUAUCAAUGACGAGCAUGAUCUCGAGGAGUUUGAAGACAUGGAUGAUGAAUGCGUUCGUAUCAUUGGUUAUUUCGAGCCAGGAUCUGUUGGUGAGCCUGGUUUUUUGUCUGAGUGUGUUCAGCACAACUUAUUAGACACUAUUUGAACUUUUCCCGAUGUCCUCACUCUUGAAUGUAUAUUUUUAGCCUUGAAAGAGUUCGAAGAGGCAGCUGAAGAUUUCAUGGGAGAGAUUGAGUUUUUCGCGGUUGUUACGUCUAAGGUACAGUCUGUCUGCUUGCAAGUGCUUCUCAAUGACACUUACUAAUUGAAUUAUUCAUAAAGAAAAAGGUGUUUUAAGGUCUCAAAUCUAGUGUGAAACUGAAAAAGCACGUUGUUUGAAACCAAUUCCUAAAUAUACAUCUCUAACUUGAUACCUGUUUGAUGUUUGAAAACGAAUGAUCAAUGAACCCUUCUUGUCAAUUUCCCAUCAAGAAACCAGCAGCAACAGUUGUGUUUUUUCAGUGGGCUAGAAAGGUCGGAUUGAAAAGAGUUGGGGAGGUCCAAAUGCGCAGACCUUUUGAAGAGGACCCACUUUUUGCCCCAACUUCAGCUGACACUGAGGAAGAGUUCGAAGAGUGGGUUGAGAAGAACAAAGAGCCAGUUAUGCAAAAGCUCACUCUUGACAACUAUUUCAACCUCUGGGUAAUAUAAUAAAAGUCUGAGAUCCAUAAGUUCAUAAUCAAAUUUCAGCGUGAUCCAGAGGAAGAAGAAAGAAUGAUUCUGGCUUUCGUCGACGAGGAGACUCGCGAAGGAAGAGCCAUGAAGAAACUUCUUGACAAAAUUGCCGAUGAAAAUUCAGAGCACGCUGGAACUUUGGAAAUCAUUCUUGUGGAUCCUGAUGAGUUCCCAUUGAUGGUGGACGUCUGGGAGGACAUGUUCGGAAUUGAUAUUGAAGAAGGCCCACAAAUCGGACUCAUUGAUAUUUCUGAGGUAGGAAAGCAACAAAUUUCACUGCUUUUUUUAAAUCUGUUUUUAGAAGGAAGGAAUCUGGUUCGACAUGUCUCAAGUCAACCUGGACGACCCGAAGAAGCACUCCGACUCAAAUUUCGAGGCCCUUCAGUCGUGGAUUGAUCAAAUUCUUUCUGGAUCUAUUGCUCUCGAUGGUAGAAACGUAUCAUUUUUGCUUUCAAAUCCUUAUUUUCCAGACGAUGACGAUGACGAGCCAGAGCCACCAGCACCACCACCAACCCCAAAGGGAAAGAAAGCUAGAAAGGAAUUGUAG